AUGGCCGGCUCUGUCCGCCAACCGAUUGACACUGCCAAGCUGGAGGCCUAUCUUCGGCAGGCUGUGCCCGAGAUUGAGCUCCCGCUGGAAGUGAAGCAGUUUGGCUUUGGCCAAUCCAACCCGACGUACCAGCUCACCAGUCCGGAUGGCCGUCGCUACGUCCUGCGCAAGAAGCCACCCGGCGUGCUCGUCUCCCAGACGGCCCACAAGGUCGAGCGUGAGUACCGCAUCUUGGCUGCGCUGGCUGCUGGCGCCGCCGAUGUGCCGGUGCCCCGGCCGCUGUGUCUCUGUGAAGACGUCGCUGUCGUUGGCACGCCUUUUUACCUCAUGGCCUUUCUCGAUGGCCGCAUCCUAACAGACCCCGUCAUGCCCGCUCUGCCAUCGCCCGCCGUUCGUCGUGCCAUGUGGUCUGACGCUGUCCGCGUGCUCGCUCGUCUGCACCGUGUCGACCCGCGUCAAGUCGGCCUCGAGACCUAUGGCCGGCCAACCGGCUUCUACGCCCGCCAGAUCGCCACUUGGAGCGCCAUCUGCUCGGCUCAGGCGGCUGCACGUGACCUCGACACUGAUCGGCCCGUCGGCCAGCUGCCCUUCUUCGACCACAUCGUCGCCUUCUUCGCUGACAAACGCUUUCAGCCGACCGAUCGCUCCAGCCUCAUCCACGGCGACUACAAGAUCGAUAACCUCGUCUUCCAUCCGACUCAGCCGAAAGUCAUUGGCAUUCUGGACUGGGAAAUGUCCACUCGUGGUCAUCCCCUCUCCGACCUCCUCAACCUCAUGACCCCUUACUACACCGCUCACAUGACUGGUGCCUCACACACUGUUUAUGCCGGCUUCCUUCCCGGCGCCACCCCCGGCCUCCCCUCCCUCGACGAGGUCACGGCCCUCUACGCCGCCGAGGCCGGCUGGUCGCCUUCGCCCUCCGACCUGCGCUGGGCUGCCGCCUUCAACAUCUUCCGCCAGGCCGCCAUCUGCCAGGGUAUUGCUGCCCGUGUCGCCGCCCGUCAGGCCAGCUCAGCCGUCGCCCACUCCUACGCUGCCUCCCGUGAGCCUCUCGCCUGUCUCGCCUGGGACCUGGUCGGAAAAGCUCGCGAGCUGCACGGGUCAGACGGCAAGGCUAGGCUAUAG